GCAGGUCUGACCCAGCAGCCAGUCCUCAGAUGGCAUGCUUUUUGAAUUCCAGAGGAAAGAAUCGGUGCCGUCAUUUCGUCAUCAGCUGCCAACGCAACGGGCAUUACGUUGUCACCGGGGACACUCGGACGCACAAGAGUUUGGCUGAGCUGAUCAACUACUACCAGACGUCAGAAAUACAGCCUUUUGGAGAAAACCUCACGUCGGCCUGUUCAAAGCUGGAGGAGAAAAGCAUAUAUGAUGAAAUAUCUUCAGACCGAAAUUCCAGCGCAGCUGCUCCAGCGCUGAGCAAGAACUCCUCCACCAAUUCCCUGGUCACAAGGAGUCAUUCCAACAGACAGCCAGGAAAUCCAAGGAUACAGCUUCAUGAAGAGCAGAAGUCUUUUUUCAAAGAAUGUCAAAAUUCAGGGCCAAAGGAGGAUCCAGAUGCAGUCCUACCUGUACCAGACAGGUCCCACUUGCUGAAGUCCCAGUCUCUGGAGGAACACGUUGGUGGUGAAGGAAGCAUUUAUUCAACCGUGAAGAAGCUUCCUUUAGACAGAAGGAGCUUGGCAAAGUCAAAAGAGGGGUGCAGAGAUCUUGCGGACACUAAGGCAAAGGAACCUGAAGGACUGGGCCAAGGUCAUUCCUCUCCUUGCCAAAAGAAGAUGGGAACAGUGUUUGCAUUGGCCAAGCAAUCAGACACACCUUUCACCAGAAAAGUGAAUCCUGUAGAGACGGCUCAGCCAGAAACAAUUUAUUCUACAAUUGCCCUUGACCAAGCCAAAAGCUCUUGGAUAUUCACUGAGCUCCACAAUUGUCAGGCCUCUCUUCCACCAUCCAAGAAAUCAGGUGUAAAUGUUCCUAAUUACCCACCUCCAAAAUUAUCUCCUGAGUUGCUGAAUAAACCCCAAAAUUCAAUGGAGUUCCAAGAGUCUCCCCUCGGGAUAUAUACAAGUCCUGUGGGUGACAACGAACAUGGACAACUAAACCAGUCAAAAUCCUUGUUUGGAGUGCCAAAGGAACCCAUGAAUGAGAAGACCUUUAAGCCAGAAAACCAUCAGCCUACUUUAGGGACAGACAGUACAACUAAUACUCAAGAAUCUUUCAGGUGGGCUAAGAGUAUCUUCCUUGGUUCAGAAAAGCCCCCCAAGAGUUCACCGACAAAGUCCAAAGGGUCUUAUGAACAAAUCUCAAAAAAGUUUGGGCAACCCUCCAAGAUGCAGAUUAACCCUGAGGAUCCAUAUGAAAGAAUACCUGAUCUUUACUCCAAAGGGUCCUCAACCACAAGCCCAGCUUCUCCUCUGGAGAACCCCUAUGAGCAAAUUCCCCGUGUCCCGGGGAAAAGGCUAGAAGCAAAGCUAACCCAAAAGAGCGACAAGCCCAGACGGUUCCUCUUUGCAGAGAAGAAGGCCAAAUCCUGA